CUUUCACUCGCUCUCUCGCUCGCUCAGUCUGGUUUCACAAUGGGCCGUAAUCUAGAAUUAGAGAUUGACGUCGUAUGGGUUGAAAUGUAGACGAGGGAGGAGGACGAGGACGACGAGUUCUUUGUCACGCCGGGUCAGGCCAACGGCGGCGAAAAGAAAGAAAGAAAGGGGAGACAGGGGGUGAAGAACAAUGCGGCCUUUAUAUGGGAGAGUGGAGUUGUGGGAGCUGGCUUCACGAGGCAAGAAGAAGCCCGGGGAGGGGGAGGAGGAGGGGUUGUGGGAGGAUUUGGGAAAGUGCCGAAGCGGACCCCAUCAAGGUUGGCUUUGGAGAGGUAGCCCGAGAGGUUUUGGGGAGCUGGCAUGAUUUUACCCCGUGUCGGGAUAAUUUGGUGGAGCAGAUGGUUUUGGAGGGUACGUUGUGCGAUGCGAAGGAAGGGAAUGCUGAUUUCUUUCGAGCUUCAUCAUGUGGAGUUGCUAUGACUCGUGUGUCGUGGUCGUAGAGCUUCGCCGUGUGUGGAUGCGCUUGCAGGCAAAUAUUGCGUAGUGAGCGAGUGAAAGAGGGAGGGAGGGAGGGAAGGAGGAAGAGAGGGAAGGAGGGAGGAAGGGAGUGAAAAAGGACGUGAAGGAUUAUUUAGGUUUUUGGGGAUGGCCUGAAAGUGGGAGAGAGUGGCGUGGGUCGGCGAUUUUGCUCAAAAAAGAGGUUUGAAUGGCGAACAUGAUGGACAGUUGAGACAACAGGGUUCGUACUGGCAAGGGUUAGAGCGAAACAGCCAGAAGAAUUGCGCAGUCUUUGAGAGGCUGCAGUAAUCGUUGCCAGAGAGGGGUUAAGGAGAAUUGUUCAAGCUGGCGUACCAGGCGCGGCCGACGGUGCUGGCGGGGGAGAAUUUGGGCGUGCUGCCGAUUUUCCUGUCUGUGCCGGGGUCGCACGACAUGAACCACCCUGAUUUGGGGUCUCUCACCCCGGGUCGCGGUCGGGGUCACAAGAAGGAGGACCGUAUUCCCCAGUGGGGAUACCAUGAAACCAAGGAGUUCAUCGCUGUUCGAGCUGAGUUGGAGAAGGACUUCACACAGACCAGGCGGAACAAAACGCUGUGGGUGCUCAUUGAGAGGAAAAUGAAAGAGAAGGGGUAUCGGAGGAGUGCGGAUCAAUGCAAAUGUAAAUGGAAGAACCUGGUCAACCGUUACAAGGGGAAGGAGACGUCCGAGCCUGAUUACGAGUUUCCGCAGGGUAAGGAUCCCAUUUAUCCUGAGAAUGGCAGGCAAUGCCCUUUCUUUGAUGAACUUGAUGCUAUUUUCAAAGAACGUGCCAAGAACUCAGACAAAAGCCUGCUGGAAUCCGAGCUAGGGUCUCGAGGCAAGAAGAAAGGCAAGAGGGGCAAAACCAAAAGUGAUGAUGACGAUGACAGUGAGGACGACGAUGAGGAGGAAGAGAGCGAAGAGGACCGUGUUGUGCAGAGGAAGAAGAGGAAAAACGAGAAGGAGAACAACCGGCCUCGUGUAACAGCGGAGAAGUAUCGUGCCAACAGCAUGCAAGAAGUGUUGGAGGACUUCUUCCAGCAGCAGCAGAGGGUGGAGGAGCAGUGGAGGGAGUCGGUGGAGAGGAGAGAACAGGAGCGGCGGUUGCGGGAGCAGGAGUGGAGAGACGCGAUGGAGAAGCUGGAACAGGAGCGGAUUGCGAGGGAGCACAUGUGGCGAGAGCGUGAGGAACAGAAGAGAAUCCGAGACGAGGCCCGAGCACAGAAGAGAGACGAACUGUUCGCGGCGUUGUUGACGAAGUUGGCGCAGGACGAAGGGUACUGAAGUGAUGAGCGUGGUGAAGGUGGUUGGAGUGAAGGAUGCGAGGAUCAUACGAUGACAUGCGCAUGGGAGGGGGAGGUCACCGGGGCGACGACGGAGAGGUGGAGGUUUGUGGUAAAGGAGGUGGUGCGGGGUGGAUUAGAGCGUAUGAGAUGGGAAGCAGUUGUUGAGGAGGGCAACGAAGAGAUGGACGAGGGAAGGGAUUCGAGGCGUGGGAUGAGGAGGGCGUGAAAAGAGAGGGGUAUUGACGUGGGAGUGUGGAGAGUCUGAGUGACGUCUGCGGGUGAUGUCCAGUGUGUUGUAGACAAGGUCGACGGCAACGGGUGGUGAUGGGCAUGGAGGAUUUGUGGGUUCCCCACUUGUAGAGAUGUAUAUUCCCCUAUUGGUAGAUCUUGAAGCUUUUGAACCUGUAGUCCGGAGGAAAGACCCAGCCUAAUUGUUAGAUUGGCAAGUUCCAUAUUUUUUUGUGCUUGCGUUCUAUAAAACAAAUUAUUCUUUCGUGUAAAGAAAACAUAAUUAUACCAUGUAUUUCUGUGUCA